GAUGUGGCCACCAAGCACGGAUGAGAUUCUAUGCCGCCAAAGAGGAUGGAGGCGUGGAACGGUGGCCUUUAGGGCUAGGACAGAAGUGAAAUGUCGCGGUGCUUCUGGAGCGGACCAGAAUUACAGAUCGCACUUUUAGCGCUCCUGUUGUGCCUACGAACAAUUAUACUCACGGAGAUUUAUUGAAUCCUCGGGUGACUCAAGAUCAAGUGUGCAACAUCGAAUCUACAGAGACUGCACUGCCCAUUUGCGUUGUGUCAGGUCCCCAGGGUCUGCUCAUCUGAGAUGGCCACUCGGAGGCUCUCCACCGCCCCCACUGGCAUGGCACCCCUCCCAGCGCUCCCAUCGCUCUUCCUCCUCCGCCUGCUCCUCUUCCUCCUCCCGCUGCUGCCGGUGCUCUCCCUGGGCUGCCCCGGUGGCUGCCGCUGCUACAGCCUGACGGUGGAGUGCGGCUCCGUCGGCCUGAAGGACAUACCGCAGGGCAUCCCCCCCUCCACGCAGACCAUCUUUCUGCAGGACAACACGGUGGGGCAGAUCCGGCUGCAGGACCUAGCUGGCCUGGUGGAGCUGCACUACCUUUACCUGCAGAACAACAGCAUCUCUGCGCUGGAGCCUGGCGCCUUCCAAAACCAAGGCCAACUGCUGGAGCUGGCCCUCAAUGGCAACCGCAUCCACUUGAUCAACGCUGACGUGUUCCGUGGCCUGGACCACCUGCGCAUCCUCUACCUGGCCGGCAACCAGAUCACACGUCUGCAGGACUACACUUUCCGUGGCCUACAGCGUCUGCAGGAGCUGCACCUGCAGGAGAACAGCGUGGAGAUGCUGGGGGAGCAGGCGCUGGUGGGCCUGUCCUCUCUGGCCCUGCUGGACCUGAGCAGAAACAACCUGCGCACGCUCGGACCGGCAACCCUCAGACCACUGGUCAGCCUGCAGGUGCUGCGGGUCACAGACAACCCCUGGCGCUGUGACUGUGCGCUGCACUGGCUGCGCAGCUGGAUUAAUGAGGAGGGCCAGCGUCUGCUGAGCUCGGCCGAGCGGCGGCUGCUGUGCUCGGAGCCGCCGCGCCUCUCGCACCUGAGUCUAGUGGAGGUGCCGGCCAACAGCCUGGUGUGCAUCCCGCCCGUGGUGCAGCUGGAGCCCAGCCACCUGACCGUGCGCCUGGGCGAGAGCCUGCGCGUCUCCUGCCAGGCCUCCGGCUACCCCCAGCCCCAGGUCACCUGGAGGAAGGCGUCCCACGGCAAGGCCCAGCUGUCGCCCCGCGGCCUGGUGCAGGAGGUGGGGGCGGAGGGUGAGGGCAGGGCAGGGGGCAGGGUGGUGACGGCGCGGCCAGGGGGGAAGGGCUCGUCGAGCGGUCAGGGGUCCACACGUGGGGCAGAGGAUGGUGGUGGAGGUGGCAGCAGCAGCGACGGGGAGCGGUUUGACCCGGACACGGGCAGUGGGAUGCUCUUCCUGAGCAACGUGACGGUGGCUCACGCCGGCCGUUACGAGUGCGAGGCCUGGAACCCCGGCGGCGUGGCGCGCGUGACCUUUCACCUCUCUGUCAACAUGUCCUCCUCGUCCUCCCCGUCUGCCCUCUGGCCCCGGCUCCACUCCUCCUCCUCUUCCUCCUCCUCCUCCUCCUCCUCCUCCUCCUACUACCACCCGUCUUCAGUGGACGUGAGCCAGGAGCCGCUGUACGAGCUGGAGAGCAUGGACUUCAACGCCCUGGGCCCGGCCACGCAGACGGCCAUCGCCGUGGGCAUCUCGCUGCUGGCUCUGACCGCACUGCUGCUGCUCUUCAUGAUCUACAGUCGCCACCGGCAGCGCGUCAAGGAGGAGGGGGGCGGAGUCUGCGGCGGCGGCUACGGUGGCUACGGCGGCUAUGGCGCCAGCAAGGAGGAGAGCAUCCUCUACGUCAACGACUACUCCGACGGGCCCACUACCUUUGCGCAGCUGGAAGAGUACCGCGACGAGCGUGGCCACGAGAUGUACGUGCUCAACCGCGCCAAGCCCGUGCUACCCCCAGCGCCCGCGCCCACCACCGCCUGCGGCCAGCAGGUGGCGAUCUCCCCACCGCUGACACCGGCUGAUGCGCUCUCUCUGGGCGGUGGAGGUGGAGGAGGCGGCGGGGGUUGCGGCACGCUCACCCGGGGGGUGGCGGUGGGGGGCGUGGGGGGUCCAGGGCCCCAGAGGGCCCCUGCUGAGGGGGGAGAGGGGCCACCGCUUGAUCCCGAGGGGCUUUUCAUCAACCAGAGUCUGCUGUUUGACACACAGAUCGCCUACGAGAUCCACUGCUGAGGGGAUGUGAGUGUGUGUACAGUAUAUAUAUUAGCUACAUGCUGCGAGUGUAGUGUUUGUGUGUGUGUGUGUGUGUGUGCGUGUGUGCGUGUGUGUGUGUGUGUGUGUGCGUGUGUGUGUGUGCGUGUAUAUGCGUGCGUUUGUGUAUAUGAGAGAGACGGAGAGAGGGAGACUGUGUGUUUGAGAGAGAGAGAGAGAAAGAAAGAGCCCAAGAAUGAAACGGCCCUAAAGACCGCUGUCGAAGCUGAUAUCAAACUAUCAGCAGCGCUUCUCUCUCAUGUAUCCCCUACCCUUUGUCAUGCGGUUGAACCCGCAGUUACCUCAAUCUGGACCGGCUGAUGAACAUAACCGUCUGAUGAAGGGAACUAAUGAACCAAAAGACUGCCAGGUCGAAAGCCAAAGCUUUUACUGAAGACUGUUGAAAACAUGAAUGCAUUACUGGUGGAAUGUCAAAGGGAGGGUGUGAUUUAAUGUGAUUUGAUUUUUCAAAGACUUGCGCACGUCAGAGUAAGUGACAGACUGGAUGAGGCCGAUUGAGACAUCAUCUCAACUGUGUGUUCUUUUUUCAGUGACGUAUUUUAUUGAUCCUACUAUGGGAUUUAUCUUUUUAUGUUGUUAAUGAUUAAUGAUUUCUUCUAUGAAUAUUACAAUUUUAACGACACAUUCUGAGUGUGUGUGUGUGUGUAUGUGUGUGUUUCAGAGAGAGAAGGAAUGUAAAAGAGGGAUUGAGAGAACCAUACACACAGCAUAAGUGUGUGUAUGUGUGUGUGGGUGUUAUCUUCAGAGUGCAUCAUCUCGCUUCCCCUCGUUCUCUUGAUGUCCAAAAAGCACUGUGAGUAAUGGCUGUGGUGACCGAUGCUCAGAUAUGUCUCCCUGUAUCUCCUCCUUAUAUCCGCGAGCCAGCAUUAUGUGAAGGUUGUAGCUGUAGCUAGACUUGUUUUUUUGUUAACUAUCCCUUUUCCGUUGCUUUGUGAGGAGGACGAAUGUGCCUCAUUUUCUGUUUGGCACACCUACCGGCGCUGUGCAGAGUUGAAUAAAAAAAAUCUGAAAAAAAAAUAAAAAAUACGAGUGCCAAGUCGCUUCAGGGCAAGCUGUAUUAGCAGUUUCAGACAUUUCAGUGCUCCAGAGAGUGUUCUUUUUUAUUUAUUCAAUUAAUUAAUUUAUGUUGCAACUUACUCCAUUGUCUAUGUCUGGCAGUUGUCUUUCCUCUAUUUUAUCCUAAUAAAAUGCACAU